AUGUUCAUUGAAAAUACAGAAUCGCCAAUUCGAGAAAUACCAUUUCCUUCGAUCAUGAUUUGUCCAUCGAGUCAAAUUCGAAAAUCCGUCUGGGAUAAAUAUAUGGACACGAACAGCUCUUAUUGGGAUAAUCUUAUAAUAUAUAGGGAUAUGACAUGCUCUACUAAUACGUAUUCUCGUGAAUUGGACCAAAGUUUAAAAGAAUAUAUUGACAAAAAUCUGAUAAAGACACUUUUGCAUGAUUGUGGUAUUAGUUGUUCAGAAGUAUUUCAGUCUGAUGGUAAAUGGCAGAAUACAACGUUGGAUAAUGUUUGCCAAUAUAUUCAACCAAUAUUAGGCAUAUUUGGAAUUUCGUUUUAUAAUCCGGCUGACUAUUAUUCAGUCACUCCUAGAAAAUUUAUUACACCAGAUACCUACACCAAAAUACAAAUCACUCCGUUCGUGAAAAAAAUUAAUUCGGAUUUAAAGUGGCGUUCACUGGAAAUCAGACAAUGUUAUUUUCACAACGAAAGACAGCUAUCAAUUUUUCAACAAUACACUGAGUUGAAUUGUAACCAUGAAUGUGAAAUAAACAAAACUAUAUCCAUGUGUGGCUGUAUAAUGAUCGAGGGAGCUUUUUUAGGGACAGAUGGCUUAAAAAUAUGUGGUCCGGCCAAAGUCAAUUGCGUACUGGACGCUAUACAUUCAACAAAGUUUCCGGAAAACCAAAUGGUGUGUAAUUGUUUGCCAACAUGUUCCAUGAUCGAUUAUGAAGUAACAGAUACAUCUCAUUUCGACGAUUGGAAUUACUUGAAAUUAACAAAUUUAGUAAAAAAUAAGUGCGUUAUUGUUAACAAAUAG